AUGUCUGUCAUAAGACCGUUCCAAGCGACCGACCUACUCCGCAUCAACAACGUCAAUAUCGAUGCCUGGACCGAAACUUACCGAGCCUCUUUCUACUUGGAGUACUGUGCGACAUGGCCCGACUUUUCGUGUGUCGUCACGGACGCUGAGGAAGACAAGAUAACAGCAUACGUUAUUGGCAAACACGAACCACCAGAACCUCAUCCAGAACAUCACGGACACGUCACCGCAUUAUCCAUCUCACCUCGAUACCGUUCGUUAGGCCUAGCGAGGAAGCUCAUGAAUUUUUUGGAGACAAGAUCAGGUCCUCAGGGGUGGGACACCUGGUUCUUGGACCUCUUUGUCCGAUGUAACAACCAUCGCGCAAUAGCGAUGUACGAGGCUAUGGGUUAUAGCGUCUAUCGGCGGGUCGUCGACUACUAUAACGGGAUGGAAGGGUUAGGCAAAGACCCCGGACCCGACGAGGUCGACGGCUUCGAUAUGCGCAAGAGCAUGACUCGGGAUGACCACAAACACAUCCGUGCGAACGGUAGAGAGUGCCGUGUAACGCCCCGGGAGAUAUAUCAGUGA